AUGACCCAUCGCCUGCCUCCGUCGGGUACCCCUGCCGUCGACCGCUCCAGUCUCGGAGCCGUUGUGGAUUACCUCGCAGACAAGUGCCUCGAGGCCGAGGGCGAGAUGCAGGCCACCGUGGAAAACGGAGGCCUCGAUCCCAACAGCCAGCAGGAUCGGAUGAAGCACCUGAAGUGUGCCCUCAUCGCCGAAGCCCUCGAGGUGGUCGGACUAAAGAGUCCUCAGGGGCUUCUUUCGGACGAAGUUACGCAGAUCGUCUAUCGAGCUUCCCAGAUGCGGGACGCUCAGUCCAUGAAGAACGAGCUGAUCCGCCGGCUUCGCCACCUCGAUCCCUACUUGCAAGUCGACUUGUAUACGGAUGAGGCCGAAACCAUCAGAUGGAAGGCAGUUCGCGCCACUCCGCCCGCCGAGGCGUCCCCUUUCAACGUCUACUUCAUCGCUUGGGUCCCCGCGGAGAAGUCCUGGCCGUCGCCUUUCGAGGCUCCUCCGGUCAAGGUCGACAUUCCCGUCCCCCACGGCCUGGCAGAGACGGGCGACAUCGCAUCCUACAUCAACGGAGCCAAGAUGGGAUUCGAGGUUCGAGUCCACUGCAGGCCUGAUCCGGCAACCACGCAGAUGGAGAUGGGCUCCGUUUGCCUCACGGCGUCCGCCGCACCCGACACGGAUCUGGCCACUCGCUGGGCCUACGCCCAAAAGUUCGAUCCAGCCUCGAUCCCCAAAAACUCCGCCAUCCGCACCGUCAACUUUCACGAGCGCUUCCCCGCCAUCGGCAGGCUUGCCUUCCGAGACGAUGAGAAGCCCCAGAAGCAUCUGUUUCGCAAACUGCGCGCCGUUCCCGCGGGCAUGGCGAUGUAUACCGGUGGCCCCGGAUCCGGCAAGACGACGUUCGCCGCCCGCAUUGCCGCUGCCGUUGCAGAGGGAGGAGACAAGGUCAUGUGGACCAUCCACAGCAACGAACUCUGCGACGACGCCGUCAAGUCGCUCAAGGAGCAGAAGGUCAAGAAGCCGGACGGGAGCAAGGUACGGGUCGGUCGUCUUCCGACGUGGGCCAAGAUGAGAAAGGCCAUCUCUCAGGCCCUCCAUGCUGCCGCAAAGAGUCUUGCAGCUUCCAAGGGUAAGGCGGCGGGUGCUUCGGCUGGCCAUACCGUGGCCUCACACAUCAACAUCUUCCUGUCCCGCAUGAACCAGGGUCUUCACGAGCGCACCAUCCGGAUCCUUCCGGAUUCUGUCACGGAGAGAGCCAUCGCCAUCGCGAGUGCCAACCAAGAGUUUUUCACGGGCUUCUGCACGUCGCAGCCUGGAACGGCCGAGUGGAACGGCACCUUUUCCCGGCUCAUCAGCUUGGCCGUGGACGACUUCGACAUCCUCGUCGGAACCCCCUUUGCAGCUGGGCAGUUCGGCCGCAACGCUUCGACCACUCUCGCCAGGCUCGAUCUGUACUGGAAGCCAUGGAAGCCCUCCCUUCUCGUCGUGGACGAAGCUGGUCGUAUCCCCGAAGCCCAGUGGUGGAUCCCCCUCUCCGUCUUUCCCGACGCCUGCGUUCUCACCAUGGGCGACACCCGCCAGUUCAAGCCCCUGACCAUGAGUGUCAGCGAGGACACUCACCACGGCGACUUCCGGGCCAGCCGUACCCGGACUGGAGGCCUCGACUGGCGCUGCGUCUUUGGCGUCCAGAGGACCGUCUCGUUGCUGCGCCGGGCCGAGUCCAACAGCCAGGUCCUCGGCCACCUGUCGAACAACCGCCGCAACCGCGGCGACAUUGCCAACUGGGCCAAGAAGCACAUCUAUCCCGGCGAGAUGCGCAUCGUCUACCCGCUGCCGGAAAACCAGUCGGCGCAGAUCUACCUCAACUUCAUGCGGUGGAUGUUUCCCAAACGCCAGAUCGACUCCAACGCCAUGGCCAUCGACGUGCGCUACUCGGCGUCGCGCAGGCAUAACCUCAGCUCCAUCAACCACGGAAACCGUAACCUUGUCUGGUGGCUGGUGUACAUGGCGUUCCAGUACAAGCUUCCGAACCUGCGAUCCGAGGGUGCGCUUGCUGACAUCAUGAUCGUAACGCCCUACAGCGCCCAGCACGGUGCGUACAAGGACGACAUCAUGGAGAUGAGAGGCAACGGCAUCAUCAAGAGCAAGGUGAUGCUGCGAACCAUUGACAACGCCAUGAGCGCCGAGGCGGACCUCGUCAUCUUCGACUCGGUCCGCACCGAGGGCGGCAUCGGCUUUUUGGAAGACCGCGAGCGCAUGGCCGUCGCCACGACGCGAGCCCGCGGCGGCGCUGUCACGCUGUUCAACAGCAACAACAUCAAGACGAAGCAGGCGGGCGGCGACUCGCUCGACAACCCGUUCGCGUCCUUUAUCCUUUCCCACAAGACGCGGGUCGUCUCGCACGGCCAGUGGGGCUACAUGUGCGAGGUGUGCAACCUCCCGCACACCAAGGGCAUCAUCGGGUGCGUCCAGGCUCGGUGCUGCAGAAAGUGCCGCGGACCUCACCACGAGCGAUUCUGUCCCAAGGGAACACCUGCAGUGGACAGCUACACCAAGAAGAAUGGACCCGACGAGAUGAAGGCGGCGGCUGAUGCUGUUUUGCCUUGGGGGUGUAUUCUAUAA